CCGAUCCCAGAUCCUUAUGCUAUUAUGUAGUUGCAUUUUGUAGGUCAAUCUAUAUGUUCUUGAGAAGAUGAUCCUCCCACAGCAGGAUGUCCUUUGUUGGUAGAAAGGAAUUGCUUCUUCUCUUCAACUCUGUUGCUGAAAAAAAGCACUGCAUGUGCAUGGCAAGAAAAACGAAUCUUGUGAGUUUACCAGAUGGAUGGCACAGGAAACAAAGCUAUUACAGAAUCGGGUUGUCCUGCUAAUUACCUUAAUCUAUGAGGGAAUUACAUACAUUUAAAUCAGAAGGUCACAGAAUUGCAAAUAUAAUGAGACCUCUAAAUAUAAUGGGGGGAAAUUAUCACAAUUCCAUCCUGUCCUCAAGGUUUAACACAAUGUUUAAAAACUGAACUGCUUACUAUGUACUAGAAUACUGUCCUUUUCACUUUUUUCUUUCCCUCCUUUUCCAUUGUUUCUAUUUGUUUUUGUUUUCUAUUUUUUUUUCUUCCUUUAUUUCAGUAAAUGUUUCCCAUCUCCUAAUGGGUCUACCUUUCAUAAAGUAGUGGAAGGUAAAAUUAAUGGAGACGUAUGUGAAUAAUUCUGUCUUAGUUUGCAUCAGUUCUUUGUCUUAAUUCAGUUGAUCGGUUUCUUAUUUCCCACUCUUUUUCCCACCAUUUCUUCAAUGUUGCCUGUUCCAUUUUCCUUUUGUUUCCCAAAAAUGAAGACUGGAACAAGAGUUGCUGAAUCUGUAAUGGUAGAGUCACCUUCUGCCCCAUUUCACCCACCAUCUAUGGAAGUGAGAAACAGCUCUGACGUGACUGAGUUCAUACUGAUGGGUCUGUCCCACGAACGUGGCAUCCAACUCUUUCUCUUUGCUCUAUUCCUCAUGUUUUAUCUCAUUGUCUUACCAAGCAAUGUGCUGAUUAUUAUUACCAUCCGAGGAGAUGCACAUCUCAACUGCCCGAUGUAUUUUCUAUUAGCCAACCUGGCUUUUUUAGAUAUCUGGUAUUCUUCCAUCACUGCACCCAAGAUGUUGGUUGACUUCUUUGCCGAGCGCAAGGUCAUUUCUUUCGGGGGCUGCAUAGCUCAACUUUUCUUCCUCCAUUUUGUGGGGGCCGCAGAGAUGUUUCUACUCACCGUCAUGGCCUAUGAUCGCUAUGUUGCCAUCUGCAAGCCUUUGUAUUACUCAGUCCAGAUGAGCCGGCGGCUUUGCGUCGUAUUAGUGGUGGCUUCCUGGGUGGGAGGUUUUAUCCAUUCCCUCAUCCAGGUGGUGCUGAUUAUCCGCCUCCCGUUCUGUGGGCCCAAUGAACUGGACAAUUAUUUCUGUGACAUCACCCAAGUGCUGAGAAUCACCUGUACUGAUACCUUCAGGGAGGAGAUGGUCAUGAUCUUCAGCAGUGGCCUGAUUUCCGUGGUCUGCUUUGUGGCACUCUUGGUUUCCUACGCCUUCUUGCUCACCGUGCUAAAGAAGAAUGUGGGUGAAUCAGCUAGUAAGGCUCUCUCUACCUGUUAUUCUCACAUCACCAUUGUCAUUUUCAUGUUUGGUCCCGCCAUCUACAUCUAUGCGCGUCCUUUUGAUGAAUAUGCACCCGAUAAAGUGGUCUCUGUCUUCCAUACCAUCAUAUUUCCCCUCUUAAACCCCAUUAUUUAUACCCUCCGGAACAAGGAAAUAACUACAGCCAUGAAAAAGAUGGUUCUUCAGUAUCUCUUCUGCAGGAAAUAAGUAGGAUGAUGUAUUGACCCAUUCUGUGGAUUUAUAAAUUGCAUUCCUGUUUACCAGGCUGAUAAUAAGCUAAGUGAGUUUUGCCCCAUUUUACAAUCUUUCUUGCCACAUUUGUUAAGUGACCCACUGCAGUUGUUAAGUUGGUAACACAGUUGUUAACUGAAUCUGGCUUCCACAUUGACUUUGCUUGUCAGAAUUUUACAAAAAGUGUGUUAUGGCUUCCCUGCAUGCCAGCUCAGUUGACAAGGAAAGCCAGCUCUGGGGAAGCCAUUACAAGGUGAUCACAUGACCCCCAGGACACUGCAGUUGUCAUCAAUACGAGCCAGUUGCCAAGCAUCCAAAUGUUGAUCACAUGAACUUGGGGAUGCCACGAUGUCUGUAAUGUGAAAACUGGUCAUAAGUCACAUUUUUCAGUGAUGUAACUUCAAAUAGCCACUAAGCAAAUGAUUGUAAGUCUUGUAGAUCUCUUGAAAUGUGAUUUCUUUUGUGAGAUGAAAUAAAAUGCUUGAUGGGC